AUGCAUCUUCAAGGGGUUUCAGAUGAGAUUAUAUGUAGGGCCUUCCCUACUACCCUUAAAGGGCCAGCACGAGUGUGGUUUAGCAAGAUGCCUCCAAAUGCUGUGGGUUCUUUCAAAGAAUUGAGUAAGUUGUUGGUCAACAACUUUAUAGGAGGACAAAGGCAUAAGAGCUCCUCGUCCAGCUUGCUAACCAUAGAGCAAGGGGAAAAUGAAAGCUUACGGUACUUCAUUACUCGCUUCAACAAGAAAACCCUGACAGUAAACAAGAUGGAUGCCAAACUGUUAUUGGCAACCUUCCAUAAUGGAAUUAAUUCAGAUUUAUUUAUCCAUAAGUUUUAUGAGCAAGAGCCUCAAACUAUGGCUGAACUCAUCCAUUCAGUCCAAAAUUUCAUAAAUGCAGAGGACGCCAUCAUAGCCGAGAAGAGGAAGAGAGCUGAGCGAAUGGAGGCAGAUCUCCCGCACCACCAUGAGCAGGAUCAUCGUCCAAAGAAGGCCCAGGUAGGAGAGAAGAAAGACAUAGAUAAUAAGAAGGCAAGUUCUUCAGCAAGGAGUCAGCAAUAUACGCCCUUGAACAUGCCACUUAAACAAGUGCUCAUGCAAAUCAAGGAUGACCCAUCCUUGAAGUGGCCAGAAAAAAUGAAGGGAAAUCCCAACAAGUGA